CUUGCUGCAGUAACGUGAGUGGGAGCACCAGGAACCCAGGCUUGGAGCGGGACCCUACGGAUUGUUUUAAGAAAAUGGCAGACAAACCAGACAUGGGAGAAAUCGCCAGCUUCGAUAAGGCCAAACUGAAGAAAACGGAGCCGCAGGAGAAGAACACCCUGCCGACCAAAGAGACCACUGAGCAGGAGAAGCGGAGUGAAAUUUCCUAAGAGCCUGGAGGA